CUUUUAUGGUACUUUGAUAGAUUAUCCCAAUGAAAGUAACACAAAACAUUUAAAAUAAACUAUAUAAAAAACUUGUUAAAAAAUGGAGAAAAUACCUUUUGUUUUAAUUUUAUUUGUUGCCAUGGCAAUGAUCAAUUGUAAUACUAACUGUCCUGAUUGUCCAAAGCCACAGCCAACAGGUACACCUAUACCAACACCUGCUUGUACUGGAAAUGUUUGUAAAACUAGUAGCGGAUUUCGUGAAGGAUCAUUUCGGAAUCCAUUAAAUCCCGGUUCAUUUGUAACGUGUUACGCAUCAAACAACGCUGAUGGAUUUGAUUUCCGAUGCGGAGUUUGUUACCCUCCUCUGUAUUUUUCAGAAAAAUGUCAGUCUUGCGAAUACAACUUAUUAGAUUCUGAAAACAUUUGCUUUACAACAGAAUCUCCUAAACCUGCUCCAACAACUGAUUAUGUAAAAGAUUUCUGCAAAAAUAUGGAAAAGGAUGGAAAUUAUGCAGAUAUAGUUCACACAAGCUACUUUUACGCAUGCGUUGCAAAGGAAACUUACCAUAUGUACUGUGGAGACAUUAACUUAUAUUAUAACGCAACAUGCGACGCUUGCAUGUGGAGAAACUGUAAAGCAACUUAACAACCGCAAAAAAUUAUGGUCUGAUAUUAUUAACAAUUUGAAUAAGAUGAUGAGGGUGUUUAGCUUGUCUAUUGCAUACGCGUCUACAAAAAUAAUGGUUGAAGUUCUUGUGUUUUUUCUAUAUUUUUGUAUCUACGAGGCGGAUUAAUAGACAAAGUCUGUACAGAAUUUACAAACUUUUAAUGAGAGUAUAAGAAGUGGGUUAAGAAAUCACAAGUUUACAUA